AAAAUCCCACCUUCAGAUCCGGCAUCACCACCAUUGCGAUAAUAUUGCGUCAUGUUAUUUAUUAUUUAUUCAACUGGUUUACUGCUUCGAUGUGAUGUUUAACUCCAGGUCUACCAAUCUUUUAAAAUCAAAAACUCCCACACUAAUUCAUACUAGAAUCACCAUGGACAGCGCUGUACCAACGUCCAAUUUCAAUCCAAAAAUAUCUUUGGAGACACCUUUAAAAGAUUACGAGCGGCUUAUGAACGAAAAAGUUGAAUCGGAGGAUAUAGAUGACGACGAUGUUCUGCAGAGUAAUUAUCAGAAAAUAUCGGCAGCAGCACGUGAAGCUCUAUGGGAGUUGCUUUUUGGGUCUGAUUCCUUAACGAAAGAGGAUCAAGCUAAAAUUGCUGCUUUUUUAAAUAAGUUGAAAGAAGAUGCAUGUUUCAAUGACCCAUUUACGUAUAAUAACUGGAUUACUGGUAUUCGCGAUGAACUAUUGAAGCGACAGAUGCUGGAUUUUUGGCGAGAACAUAUGGUAGAAAAAGAAUUGGGUCCUUGCUGGGCAAGAGAUUCUGACUAUUUUGACGAUAUGGAAGAUCCAAGACCAGCUGCUUUCUAUAAUUAUGCUGGUUGUGUUGCUCCUUUUGGACAAGUAACUGGGGAGAGGCGAAAUUCUGCUAUACCAGAAAUGCCGCAAUCUACCACAGAAGAUCGUGUAGAUCUUGAUGCAGAUUUUGAAGCAGACAUCUCUACUGAUACGCCAGCUGAUGACUACGAAAACUUAAUGAAUACAAAAGUUCGAGCAGAUCAACUUGUCGAGGAUGAAAUCAUUAAACGUAAUUUUACCAAAAUUGCAAUAGCAGCGCGUGAUAUUAUCUGGAAACUCUUAUUUUCGAAAGAAACUGUUUCCGAAGAAAGUCAAACUAAAGCCGGCGACUUACUAUAUAAGUUAAAAGCCGAUGCAUGCUUUUUUGACCCUUGGUCUUAUAAUAAAUGGAUAAGUUCGGUUCGCGAUGAGCUACUCAAGCGCCAAAUGGUUGAUUUCUGGCGUGAGCAUAUAGUAGCCAAAGAAUUGGGGCCUUGCUGGGCAAGAGAUUCUGAUUAUUUUGACGAUAUGGACGAUAAAGAGCCAGCGGAGUUUUAUAAUUGCGCUGGUUGUGUGGCACCUUUCAGCAAACCUGAAAGUUAAGGUGUAGAAAUAAAAUGAAAAUAUAAUCGAAUAGGUACGCACUAUGUGUAAGGCAGUGCGAAAUCAUUUGUACUGCUUUUCUUAAGCUACCUUGUAAAUACGGGAUAAAUAAAAUAUACCAAAAUGUUUCAACUCUUUCAAA